CGACUAGUAUUUCAUUUACGUUUCAGCGCGUUGGUGAAACUCAUCAACGAAUGCAUAACGCUCGACAGUUCCCCGAGACACGUCGAUCUGGUCAUGAAAUGCCUGUGGAGGGUGAUCAAGCUGAUGCCGCAGUGGGGUGACGACAUCGAUUACGAUUCGGUGCUCUUGGAGGUGCACUACUUUCUUAAGAAGUUCCCUUCGUCAUGGUGGAAGACGAAAGAGUCGGACACCCCCUUGAGGACAGUCAAAACUAUCAUCCAUUCGAGCGCUAAGAUCAAGGGGGGCACCAUUAUGCUUCACUUGGGCAAAAUACCGAACACUAGCGAGUCGGAGGUUGAGUCGUAUAUUUUGAGGGUGCUGAAGAGUUUGAAAAUCACCGAUAUCCAAAAUACGAUUGUGAAACCGGAACCACAGCGUAGGUCGCUCUCCAGAGAAAACCACAAAAUGUUGACGGAAAUAUUUCAGAAGAUCGGCAGUAAGGACGAGACGAAAACGGGGUUGAAUUUAUUGUACGACUUCAUGCAGCAGCAUCCAGAGGCCGAUAUUGAGCCCUUUCUAGCGAAUUCUAGCAAAUUUUUCAAAGACUACAUCAAGAACGGACUGAAAGAGAUCGAAGACUCCAGGAAGACUGCGCAAGCAACUAUAGUCGAAAAAGUCAGCGAUAAAUCUCAAGAAACCGUCGAAAACUCCGUUCCCGAUGUGGAUCUGAAAGGGCCCGAGUAUUGGAACGAGAGGCUGGAAAUGUGGAUGGAAAUUAUUGAAAAUGUCAACAAGAAGAUGCCUUCUCUCUUAAGCUACCAUAGCGAGCGAUCUUCUUCCGUUUGAGGCCGCGCGCAUACACAGUAUACUCUGAAACGGAAUAAUCGUUAACUCAGUAACUUAUUUCCCAGAUCGAUAUGUGAUAAAUUGUGUAUAGAUUUUUAAAUUUGCAUGACAUAGUUUAGAGUUUCUUCUUGUAGGCGUCGUCUUCGUCAUAAUUCCCAUUCUGCCUUUGUA